GGCCAGUGUUUGCGGCAGCGAUGACGUCGCAUGGAGCGUUCGCGGGAGCCUUUGGCGGCGCCGGUGGCUUUGGCAGCAGCUUCGGCGCUGCCCCCGGUAGCUCGACUACAUUCGGCUCCUCUGCGACUGCAGGUCCCGCGUUCGGCUCUUCGGCGCCGGCCUUUGGGACAUCAUCGACGGCCUUUGGUCAGCCAUCGACAAGCUUUGGCUCUGGCCAGCCCAGCACAGCGACCACGACCUUUGGCUCCAGCGCGCCUACCUCGACAACCUUUGGAUCUGCGUCGACGACGCCCUUUGGUAGUGUGCCAGCUACCUCGACAGCUUUUGGGUCGGCGUCGACAGCACCCGUGUUUGGAAGCGGCCCGACGUCCGGCGGCGGCUCAAUUUUUGGUAGCGGCGCACCGGCAGCGAGCUCGGUCUUUGGCAGUGGCACGACCUUUGGCGGCGGCGCGCCAACUACGAGCUCGGCCUUUGGCGGCUCGUCCGCACCUACGUUCGGCAGUGCGUCUUCGACCACAACGUUCGGUGCACCCGCCUCGGCACCAGCAUUUGGCAGCGCGGCCACGACACCGGCUUUCGGUGGGUCCUCUCACUCGACACCGGCUUUCGGAGGCAGCUCUACGACAACGUUCGGUGCGUCGAGCUCGACGUCAAUCUUUGGCAGUGCGACAGCUGGUCAAGCGUCGCCAUCGCCGUUUCCUAGCGCCCCAGCACCGACAACGGUCUUUGGCUCUUCGUCGACCGCACCGGCGGCCGCCACCGCCUUCCCGUCGUCGUCGUCGUCUACAAUCUUUGGCUCUGCCGCGCCUUCUGCCUCGUUUGGCUCGUCGAAUGCGUCCGUGUUCGGCGCCGCUUCGUCGCCGUCGACGGUCUUUGGCGCCAAGGCGGCGUCGUCCAAGCCAUCAACCUCUGCCGCCGGAACCUUUGGCGCAUCGUCCAGCGCGACGACGUUUGGAGCUGCGUUCCCGCCCAACGCUUCGCCGGAGCCGACUGCGUUCUCGAUCCAGUCCAUUGGCGACUCGCCGUUCCAGAAGCCCAAGGAAGAGCGUCCGCCCGUGCGCAGCAAGCGGCGCGAGUCCAAGCUGCAACUCGGCGAGAAGAACCCGUUGCCGCCGCCGUCGACGUCUCCGUCGCCGUCGCCUCCGAGCCGCAAGCCUCGCCAUCGACCGGCGCCGCCGGUGGAAGACACGACGGAUCCUGCCGCAUCGGACGACGACCUCCCAAAGCCGCCGGCCAAAACCGACCUCGCCGAAGCCACGAACCUCGAAGGCACGUGCGUCGACAUGUGCUCGCCGAAGGAGCUCGAGAUGCACCUCAAGCACGACGAGCUCAGCGCGUUCGAGAAGGGGCCGGACGCGUUUGCCGUGAAAAAGUUCCAACGCAGCUCGGCGUCCCACAAGCUCGACAUUCCGUCCGAAGUCCGACCACUGGGGGUGCUCCGCUCGACGCAGCUGUACCUCGAGCAACACAUCAUGGACCGCGAACGCCUCGGCGUCGACCACCGCAUCAACCCGCCGCGCGUCCCCGACCUCCUCGACCUCUACAACUUCCUCUGGGACCGCACGCGCAUGAUCCGCAAGGACAUCUCGCUGCAAAACUACCGCGGCGGCGGUGGCCGGACGCACCCGAUCGCGAUGGACAUCCACGAGCGCAUUGCUCGCUACUACAUUCUCAGCCAGCACGAGCUGAUCGACGAAGCCCACUUUAUCGUGCAGCAAAACGUCGAGCAGUUUGGCAAGACGCUGCGCAGUCUCCUCGAUUUCUACGACGACGCGCGGGCCGAAGGCCUCCCGACGAGCCCGUUUGAGGCCGAGUUUGCGGGCUACUACAUCCUCGGGACGCUCCACGAAGGCGGCAUCCUCGACGUGCUCAAGUUUACCAAGUCGAUGCCACCGGACCUUUUGGCCUCGGACUUUGUGCAGUUUGCGUGGGCCGUCUUCGUGGCCCGCCGAACCAACGACUACGUGGGCUUUUUCCGGCUCCUGCAAGGCGCCACGUACCUCCAGGCGUGUCUCAUGCACCAGUACUUUCCCAACGUGCGCUCCAAAGCGCUCGAAACGAUGAACGCCGGCUACAAGCGGCCAGGCAACAAGACGCAAGAGUUCCCGAUCAAGGAGCUCACGGACCUCCUCUGCUUUGAGAACGAGGACCACACGGCAUUGGUCUGUGAGCUCCACGGCCUCACGGUCAAGGCGGGCGACGUCCUAUUUGGUGUCGGCGACUUCCGCACCGACAGCUACCUCCGCGCCGAGAAGUCACCGGUGCCAAACCCACGCUGCGACCGCUUUAUCAGCAUCAAGCAAGGGGACCUCUGGCGACGGGACGUGGUCCGUGGCGCGACCGAGUACGCACAAGAGGCCUAUCCCGCCCUGGACAUGGCCGUCAAGCUCGCGGAAGACGAAGAGCGCAAGCGGUUGUAUCCGGAGCGGCCGCCGUACGACGACGUCUACACGACGUUCGCCACUGCAGCCCCCGCUGUCAAGACGGCUCCGUCGCUGCAAGCCGCACCGCUGCCCAAACCAGCGCCGCGCCACCAUGGCAGUAUGAACCGCACGUGGACGCCCAACAGUGCCGCCGCGCCGUCGUCGCCCGCGCAACCGCCGUUGCCGCCGCCGUUGCCACCGACGCGCCCGCCGAGCAUUAAUCGCGUGUGGGUGGCGCCAGCGACCGAGGCGGCGCCGACCAAGUCGGUCGAAGUGCUGCACCAGAUUGAAGAGCGGCAGGCGGCGAUCGCCAACGAGAAGGCCGCGAUGCUCAAGCGACUGCAGGACCUGCAACAGCUGAAACAGCAGGCGAAGAGCCCAGCGCCGUCGACAGCCAAACCUGUGGGGACGCCGCCCGCGAUGACGCUCACGCCCAAGCUCAAGCCCACGAUCACGCCGACGGUUGUGGCCGUCGACGAAGAGAUCGAAAAGAGACGGCGUGCCGAGGAAGAAGACGCGAUCGCUGCCAAGGCCCGCGACGAAGCGGCGCGCGUUGCUGCCUUGGAGAAGCAGAAGCAAGAAGCGGAAGAAGCUGCCCGAGAAGCCGCUGCCGCUCAAGCGGCCCGAGAAGCUGCCAAACGCGCAGAGGAAGCUGCCAAGGCAGAGGCCGCCCGGCGCGCCGCCGAAGAAGCCCGCGCCCGCGCCGAGGCCGCGCGACUCGCCGAGGAAGCUCGUCGACGCCAAGCGGAAGAAGACGAGCGCUUGCGAAUCGAGGCCAUCGAGCGAGAGCGACUCGCCGAGAUUAAGGCGUUUAGCGACAAGUGGCUGCAGAUCAACUUUGACGGACGCGCCAUCCUUGACGCGCGCUGGGCAAAGGAGGCCGCGGCCAAAGCGGCAGCGCGCCGCGCCCGCCAAAACCUCGCGAUCAAGCGUCUGCGCUUCGCGCUCUGGAAGCGAUUCAUGCACGUCCAACGCGAUACCCGGCGGUAG